AACAACUUUAAGUAUGGAGACCGCUUGUUUUAAUCACUCAGUCGCUUGUUGUAUUUCGGUUCGUCGUUACUAUUACUGAUACACUUUCGUUUUGUUUAUAAUAGUUACGCCGUCCUUACAUUUUCGCGAAGAGAUUUCCAGCGUGUGGUAUUUUUCGAGCGAAACACCCUUCGUUAUUGAUCCAUCCUCGUCGUACGCUACCACCACCCCUACAAUCACAUUGUCUCAGCCAUGUUGAAGAAUUCUCCAAAUGCCUUGCUGAACAAGUCCAUAUUUCAGCACUACCUCACACUGCCAGUUCCAGAUGACAAGUGCCAAGCCACAUAUCUAUGGAUAGACGGCACCGGAGAAAACAUCAGGUGCAAGACCAGGACACUAGAUUUUAUUCCAAAGAAACCAGAUGAACUGCCUGUCUGGAACUACGAUGGAAGCUCAACGUACCAAGCCGAAGGUGCAAAUUCAGACACAUAUCUGAUGCCAGUGGCCAUUUACAAAGAUCCUUUCCUUAGGGGAAACAGCAAACUGGUUAUAUGUGAUGCCUACAAAUACAACAAGAAACCAACUGAAACCAACAAGAGGCAUUCUUGUCUACAGGCCAUGCUAGCAGCUAAGGACCACCAUCCAUGGUUCGGAAUCGAGCAGGAAUACACUCUCUUGGACAUGGACCUGAGGCCAUUGGGUUGGCCAAAGAAUGGUUUCCCAGGCCCCCAGGGUCCCUAUUACUGUGGGGUAGGGGCUAACAAGGUCUACGCCAGAGAUAUUGUUGAGGCUCACUACAGAUGUUGUUUAUAUGCUGGUAUUAACAUUUCUGGAACCAACGCCGAAGUCAUGCCUGCACAGUGGGAGUACCAAGUAGGACCUUGCGAAGGCAUUGACAUUGGAGACCAACUGUGGGUAUCAAGAUACAUCCUACAAAGGGUAGCAGAAGAUUUUGGUGUAAUCGUCACAUUUGAUCCCAAACCAAUGGAAGGAGACUGGAAUGGUGCCGGAGCUCAUACGAACUUCUCCACCAAAGCCAUGAGAGAAGAAGGAGGAAUUAUCAGUGAAAUUGAGAAGGCUAUUGACAAGUUGAGCAGGAACCACCUGCGGCACAUCCAGGCCUACGAUCCUAAACAAGGCAAAGACAACGAACGUCGCCUUACUGGAAGACACGAAACCUCAUCUAUUCACGAUUUCAGUGCAGGUGUUGCGAAUCGUGGAGCUAGCAUAAGAAUUCCCAGAGGCUGUGCCGAAGAAAAGAAAGGAUACCUUGAAGACAGGCGUCCAGCUUCGAAUUGCGAUCCAUACUCGGUCUGUGAAGCAAUAGUCAGGACGUGUAUUCUUGACGAAUAAUUUGGGAAAAAACAUGAAAAAACCGCGUCUCUUGGCACCACAACAACUCACAAACACGUUUACUUGGAGUAAAAAAUAAAUAGGAUAUAAUGUAAUUUUCAAUCGGUGAAUGCUGAAGUGUCAAUUUUUGUCUAGUCAAACAAUUUCAAAUAGUGACAAAUAUUACGUUUUGGGGUGCAAGUUGCAGGUACAAAUGUCAAAAUGACAUAACCUAUUAGGAUUAAUGCGCUUUAAAAUAUUUUCGCUUCUCCAUCCUGAUUGAAAAAUUACAGUAUUCAAAGUUCCUGGGGCCUUGAAGGUAUUUUGAUGACGUGGAAUUUUCGUUCACCAAGUGAACAAAAGCUUUAAUUUUAGGACAAAAUGAUGCACUCUUUAUAGCUUGUUACAUUUCAGUUUAGUAUAUGAGCAAAGUUUAUUUACAUUGGCUGUUGAUUAUAUAAUGAUUUCAGUAUAUUCAUAAUUUUCUACCUUUAAUGAGGAUAAAACUAUAUGAAUUAUGUUGUUAUACUCUUAAGAUUAUAAUUUUUUGAGUCAGGGUAUGUUUUUACAACAAAAAGCAUCUAACAUUUAUUGACAGAGACAUGUGGCACUUUUGACCUGCAUAACUGAUAAUCUUUAGGUUAAAGGGUCCCAUUAUGUUGUCAAACGAUUUCAUAUGGACUUUAUGUGACUUCCAAUGCAUCGUUAAUGCAGUUCAAUGAAAAUAUCGCAUCUUGAUGUGUAUACUAAGUUGUAAAUCCAAGAUAUCAUGAAUUUGGAGCAUGCUACUGAUACCACUUUCAUUACUGCGAUAUGAUUCCAGCAAAACGUAUUGACAUAGUGAUUAAAUAAUCUCAAUAAUUAUGUAUUACAUGUACUCACGUCCUGAUAAGGUAUUCACAUGAAGUAUUGUGAAAAUAAUCCAAAACAUACCCUUUCAUUAUAAAGAGUUAUGUAAAUAUAUCAUUGCACAAAGUAUGUAGAUGUAUAACGAAAAUAAAUAUAAUGUAAACAUUAUUUUAUGAAUGUACCAUCCUUUUGCAUUUGAGAUUUUAUGUUAUAAAUAUGAGGUAACUCAGAAAGACAAUUUGAUAAUCCUUAAAUACGUUUGAAGAAUAGCAAAAUCGAUUUUCAACGAAAUUUUAAUUUCUCGGCCUAAAUGUUCAUUAUGAAGACGGCUUUUUUAUAUACAUUUUUUAGUAUCUACAUAAAGUGGAAUAGUCAUAUUUCCUUUCUGCACUCUACUAAAAACACAAAAUGAACGUUAGAUGUAUAUUCUUGAUAUGUUGUGUGGAUAUAUGUAAUUGUUUUGUUUUUACUUAGAAUGAAACAUAUCCAGGGCACCUGAAGAACCCUAACCUUGAAAAUAAAAAAACGAUUUCACUCAGUUGCUAGAUCCUAUUUCGACUGAGGCUAUUUUCUAAAUGUAUUAACCAUUUUUCAAUAUUGUAUCAUUUUUAAGGGAAUAUAUAUGUUCUGUUUUCGAAUCA